CUGAUUGGGAUAACAAUGACAGAAUCUUUGAGGGUGAUUCACUAUGUUUGUUCUUCCAGGCAGGUGAAGUCCUCUUGUGUCCUGACUCGACAAGCUGCAGAGAAGCCGGUUCCCGAUUUUGGGUCUGUGGUCACUGAAGAACUCGCUGGCUCUCAGGAUUUGGACUUGGGCGUGUUCCGCCUCCCAGCUGGUGACAUUUAUGCAGAGGAAACCACGGUGGUGUGGGUGGCAGUCCUUUCCCUGGGCUUUGCCCUAAUCUGCGAGCCCCAUGAGAACCUAAUGCUGGCGGAAAAUACCCUGAGAAUGAUGGUGAAGUACUUCAUGCAGCAUUUGAACCUGCUGAUGCAAGGCAAUGAUGUCACCCUGAAGACUGACCGAAUCGAGGCGAUCCUGAACACGUUUUUGCCACACGGACAGCUGAUGUUUCUGAACUGUUGCUUUAUUCAGAGCCUGGAGAAGGACCUGAAUGCUUCAAUAUUCAAAUGAUGCCACUUGCUUUUUGUUUCUCCCAUGCCUUCACUCUCCCGUGAGCUCCUUUUCUCUCUCAACCUUGCUAUUUCAUUUUGCUGAAGGUUUUGCAGCUUUGCCAGUGUGUGUUUCAUGCAGCUGCUCCUUUGCUUAGAUUUGGAGUGAUGUGGAGGAAGAGGCUAUCACUGUUUAUUUUCAUUCUUAUGUCCAGCAGCAGAUACUAAUGCACACAAAAGCAAAAUACUAGAAAUUGAAAAUGACAGUGUGCUGGAAAUAUUUGGCACGUUUUAGCAGCAUCCGUGAAGGAAGAAUUGAAUGAGCUUUACAACUUUGUAUACCAGAAGAUGUGAGCCUUCAGGAUCAAUGUUUAUCCAAAGCUAGUUGGAUUUCCAGACAUCAGAAGCAGGACAAGCCAAUGACCUGAACAUGGACAGGAAUUGGGAAGGCUUGAGAAUUAUUUGUCAAAUUUCCAGAGUUUUCAAACUGGGUUGUAUUGGGCAUGAGUGGUAGUUAAGGCAUUCCUGACUUUAAUUUUUUUCCUUUACUCAGUUGCUCACUUAGAUAGUUGUUCUGAAUGUUUUGCAGCCUGACCCUGGAAUUUUGAGCGGUGCUUAUGACAGGAGUAUUAUAGUAAUACAUUAGGGCAGCGGAUAAUGAUGGUUCACUGUGUUUUCACAAACGGCAGAUUCCUGAUUUCAGGAUGGAGUUUGUUGAAGGGCCUCGCACCUCUCCAGGGAGGGCUAUGGGGAAAAAAGGAAGGCGAUGCAGGGAACAGAGUCGUCUCUCAUGCCCAUUUAAUGGUCGGUGCAGAGCAACCUCUGAGCCCUCAAAUUGGCCAGCAGAUGUGCUCAGUGCAGAGAUUUAACAGAGAGAGUGUUAGAAAUAUUAGACUUCACCUGGAUAACGUAGUGCUAAUCAAUGUAAUUAAAAACGUGGAUGUAAGGUGGUGUUGUUUUUAAUCCAAUAAAAAUUGCAAUUCAAA